CAAUAUGAUUAAUUGCAGUAAAGAAGAUUUCUUUAACACUUCUGAAUUCAGGUACAUUGUUUUUCCAGUUAUUUAUUCAUUUAUAUUUGCACUGGGGCUGCCUGCAAAUCUUGCUGCACUUUGGUUUUUAAUACGUAGGAACUCUAAUAAAGAAUUGAGUGAAGUCAAAAUCUACAUGAUCAACCUAACUGCAGCCGAUCUUCUGUUCAUCAUAUUUCUUCCUCUCUGGAUUAAGUAUUACAUUCAAGAAGGGAAUUGGACAUCUUCCAGCUUCCUGUGCAGCCUGAAUGGAUCUCUGUUCUAUAUCAACACUUACAGCUCUGUCUAUUUUCUGGCUCUCAUCAGCUUCAAUCGCUAUCGUGCUGUGGUACAUCCACUCAGGGCUGCCCAAUUGAGGCAGAAAAUGAGAGGUUUCAUUAUCAGUACUGGAAUCUGGAUAGUGACAAUCGCUUGGUCUUUGCCUGUUUUAAUUUAUCAUAAGGAACAUCUCAACAGAAGCAACAACUCAAAUAAGUUCAGAUGUUUUGAAAAUUACCAAGACAUGAACUCGGUAUUCAAAUUGAAAGUUACCCAUUCUCUGGUAUUAAUUUGUUUCGUCAUUGCAUUCGGAGUGGUUAUUGUAACCUGUAUUCUCAUCCUUCAAGUACUGUCAGCAACUCAGCAGGCAUUAGGGAGUGCACAACGCAAUCUGAAGAACCGAGCUUUCCGUAUGGUGAUUGCUGUGAUGAUGAUUUUUAUCAUCUGUUUUGUUCCUCACCAUCUACUGCAGGUGCCCUGGCUGCUGCUGGUCCUGGAUGUCUGGAAGACAGAGGACUGCAAAUUCAGGAAGAAUAUCAAUGAUAUUCAUCAGGUCACCUCAUGUUUGAUGAGCAUCAAUUGCAUUCUGGACCCCAUUAUGUACUGCUUCUUGACAACCAAUUUCAAGCAGUACAUCACACAGUUCAUGCAGACUUGCCGGGCUCUGUGUUCUCUCAGGCGCACUUCGGGAAAUUAA